AUGGGAUACGAAGAUAAAUUACUAGGGCCAGCCUUAAAGUUUAGAAACUUCUUGGACAAAUUUCCGAACAUCCAUAAUGUCUAUAUUGUUGUUGGUAUUUCUUGUAUAUCUGGUAUGAUGUUUGGCAUUGAUAUUUCUUCAAUGUCUUUAUUCAUUGGAGAUGAUAAAUAUUUAGACUAUUUCAAUUCACCAGAUUCUACACUUCAAGGGUUUAUUACAGCAUCCAUGUCUUUAGGGUCUUUCUUUGGGGCCUUAUUUUCCGCAUUUAUAUCAGAACCUUUCGGUAGAAGAAUGUCGUUGAUGUUCUGUGCAUUUUUUUGGUGUGUUGGAGCUGCCAUUCAAUCAUCGUCACAGAACGUCGUCCAGUUAAUUAUAGGUCGUUUUAUUUCUGGUUUUGGUGUUGGAUUUGGAUCCUCAGUAGCCCCAGUUUAUGGUACAGAAUUGGCACCAAGAAAAAUAAGAGGAUUAAUUGGUGGAUUAUUUCAGCUUUCGGUCACUUUGGGAAUUUUGGUUAUGUUCUAUGUUUGUUAUGCAUUACAUUAUAUCAAUGGUGUGGCUUCUUUUAGAUUAUCUUGGGGGUUACAAAUAGUUCCUGGUCUUCUUUUGUUCAUUGGCUGUUUUUUCAUCCCUGAAUCACCUAGAUGGUUAGCAAAGCAAGGCUGUUGGGAGGAGGCUGAAUACAUUGUGGCAAUGAUUCAGGCCAAAGGCAAUAGGGAAGAUCCCGAUGUCAUGAUUGAGAUUACUGAGAUCAAAGAUCAAAUUUUGACAGAGGAAAAUAUUAAGGCUUUCACUUAUGCAGAUUUAUUCAAGCGCAAAUAUCUCCUUAGAACUGUCACCGCAACAUUUGCUCAAAUAUGGCAACAAUUAACGGGUAUGAAUACAUUAAUGUAUUAUAUUGUUUAUGUUUUUGAUAUGGCUGGCUAUCAGGGCGAUGCAAAUUUAAUUGCAUCUUCAAUUCAAUACGUUCUUUUUUUCGUUAUGACUGCCCCUUCAUUAUAUUUAAUGGAUAAACUUGGUAGAAGGCCCAUUUUGUUAAGCGGUGCUGCAUUCAUGAUGAUAUGGCAAUUCGCAGUCGGUGGUUUGCUUUCCACUUAUGCUGAGCCCACCAAUGAUGUUGGUGGAAAUGAUACUGUCAGAUUAAGGAUCCCAGCUGAUAACUCAACCGCUGCCAAGGGUGUAAUUGCAUGUUGCUAUUUGUUUGUUGUAUCAUUUGCAUAUAGUUGGGGUGUUUGUAUCUGGAUGUAUUGUGCUGAAGUUUGGGGUGAUAGCGCCUCAAGACAAAGAGGGGCCUGUUUUACAACUUCAGCUAAUUGGAUUUUUAACUUCGCGAUCGCAAUGUUUACCCCCUCUGCGUUCAAAAACAUUACUUGGAAAACAUACAUGAUUUUUGCUACGUUCUGCGGUUGUAUGUUCCUUCACGUAUUUUUCUUUUUCCCAGAAACUAAAGGUAAAAGAUUGGAGGAAAUUGGCCAAAUGUGGGAUGAAGGAAUUCCAGCAUGGAGAACAGCCGCAUGGGAGCCAUCUAUUCCAUUCUUAUCUGAUAAUGACUUGCGUGAAAAGCUAGAAGUAAAACACGUCGAAGAUUCAAACUCCAGUAAUUCGGAUGCUGAAAAGCCUAGUGCUGUCCAUAUUGCUUAG